GGCAUAGCAUGGGGGUCCCGGCUCUGUGGUGCUGGGGGAUCCUGGCUGGGGGGUCCUAGGGGGCAUAGCCUGGGGGUCCCAGCCCUGCGGUGCUGGGGGGUUCUGGCCAGAGGUCCCCUGGUUUUGACCAGGGUUCCCCGGCCCAGCCCCGUCCCCAGGGCGCGUGGCAGCGCCGGCCCACGGUGCCGCUCCCCGCAGGCGAUGGUGGAGCCCCCCAACUUCUCGUGGGUGGCGCAGGGGCGGCUGGCGGGGCUGGCUAUGCCGCGGGAGCCGGGGCAUUACCGGUUCCUGCUGGGCCAGGGCGUGCGGCACCUGGUGUCGCUGUCGGAGCGGCCGCCCCCCCACCACGGCUGCUGCCCCGCGGUGCAGCUCCACCGGAUCCGCGUGCCCGACUUCAGCCCCCCGACGCCCGGGCAGAUCCAGAGCUUCCUGCAGCUGGUGGAGGAGGCCAACGGCCGCGGGGAGGCGGUGGCGGUGCACUGUAUGCUGGGGCACGGCCGGACGGGCACCAUGCUGGCCUGCUACCUGGUGAAGACGCAGAAGAUGAGCGGCGGCGACGCCAUCCGGGAGAUCCGCAGGCUGCGGCCAGGCUCCAUCGAGACGCGGGAGCAGGAGCAAGCUGUGAUCCAGUUCCACCAGCGCUUCAGCGCUGGAAAGGAUAUCGAGGAGGCGUGAGCAGGAGUUUCUCCCCGAGCAGCGUGUGCCAGACGGAGGUCGAAGGAGAUGCUUGCUCUGAUGCGCUGGGGGAGCCUUGCCCAGCCCUGCGGUGCCGCCGUCCGUCCCGUCCCCCAUUAAAGGACUUUCCCGUG